AUGGGAGACAUGGGAUCGGAUCAGCUGUGCUUAUUAAAAAGAAUCUUGUUCAUUUUCUGCAUCAUAAAGAUAUGUGAUGCGCAAAAUGAAAUCACCGUGUCCGUGUUCACCGUCACAUCAAAAAGUAUAACGGUGCGCUGGAGUGGCUACACCGGAGCCAGCUCGUACAAGCUCACAGCUACCCCAAAGAACUCACAAGACCAGCCUGCAUUCACACAGUUUAGUGGCAGCACGGUGAUGGGCUCUGUGAACUCGCUCUCCCCAAAUACUGUGUACAGGAUAAAGGUAGAAGCCAUGGACAGCAGUGUGAACGUGCUGAGCAGUGCAGAGAGCGAGGAGACCACGGCCCCGGGAGUGCCGUCCAUCGCGCAGGCCUACUCGAAGCAAAGCGACAGCAUCACCGUGGAAUUCGAAGAGAUCUCGGGUGCCACGUCGUACAUCCUCCGAGCUGAGGGCGAUGAUGGCUUUUUCUUGGAGAGUGUUGCGAACGGAUCGCCCGGGACCAUCACCAACCUGAGCUCCUACACCAACUACACUCUUAGCGUCAUGUCAGUGAACAGGGGCGGCCACAGCCAGCCUUCAUUUACGGUCCAAGCCAGAACGGUGAUCGUGGCCCCAUCGCUGCGCUCCACAUCUCCUACCAGCAACAGUAUAGAGGUAGAAUGGGAUCCUGUAGAGCAUGCCAUAUUGUAUACUCUCUCGAUCAUCAUGGAGGGAUCGAACACCCUGCUUAAGCUCAACACCACUCAGACCAACGUGACAUUCGACAACCUGGAACCGGGUGUCACCUACUGCAUCAAGGCCACAGCCUGGGACUCAAGUGGCGUUCCUGGAGAUGAUAUUACCAUCUACCAGAUUACCCGUCCUCCAGUUCCUGAGUUUGUGCAGGUAUCACUGAGCCUGGAGAGAAUCAUGGGACUGUCUGUGUACUGGCAGUCUGUGCGCGGUGCGAGCGCUUACUACGUUGAGAGCUCGAUGGGAGGGAACUGCACCUCCAUUAUAGACCCAUUCUGCAUCAUUAGCCCGAUCGGCUGUAGUGAAAAUCACACGCUGAUCGUCUUGGCGGAGAAUGAAGCUGGCCCCAGCAGCCCUUCCCAGCCACAGAACCUGCUUACCUUUCCAUGUGCUCCAGGCGAGGUGGAGGUGAGCGAGCCAUCAGAAGGGAACUGCUCAGUGACCUGGUCCAGCAUGCUGUGGGUGGAUUAUUACAUCGCCUAUGUGAAAAGAGAUGAUGGAACAGAAUUGCAGUGCAACACCACCAGUACAGUCUGUUAUUACCCCUGCCACUGUGGCUACACUUACCUGACGACGGUAUUCGCCUCCAACAACGCCGGACCCAGCCCCCCAGGACCCAUUCUCAACUAUACCACCAUACCCUGUUGUCCACAGACUGUAAACGUCUCACUCAUUUCUACUGAAACUCUGGAAAUCACCUGGUCAGCGGUACGCGGGGCCGAGCUGUACGAGACUGUGGCGGCGGAUGGAUCAGACAUGGUUCACUGCAAUGACACGGUUCCUGUGUGUGUCCUAUCUGAUCUCUCAUGCAACAGUCUGUACAGCGUGGUGAUCAGACCGUGCAGCGAGAUACGAGGCUGCAACAACACCUGCACACCCACAAUACAAGAGACAGCUCCAUGUGCUCCAGAGAUUCUGAACCUCACGCAGGUGACCAGCUCAGUUGUGGAGGUGUUAUGGACGACUCCCAACAAACAAGCCACCUACACAGUAAAUGCUGUGGGCAGUAAUAACACCCUCACAUGUUUGUCCCGCGGCACUUCCUGUAACAUCACCAACCUGCCCUGUGGAGAAACUUAUGAGAUCAGCGCGUACGCGACCACCGCCGUGGGUCGCAGCCUGCCUGGAUUUAGUGUUGCCUUGGAAACAGGACCCUGUUGUCCUGAGUCUCUAAGCGUGGAGCAAGUGACGCAAUCCAUGACUAGUGUGGUGUGGUCAUCAUCCAAGGGAGGCUGGUCAUACAUUACCUCACUGACAUCACCUAAAGGUCAUGCCAAGUGCCACACGAUGGAUACUCACUGCCUGAUGGGAUGCAUUACUUGCGGCACCAACUACAGCAUCUCAAUGGAGGCCAUAAGCAACACGGGGCACGUCUCCCAUUGCAGCUACCAAGGCUUCUCUUCCAGUGCUUGUUGUCCAUUCAGCGUGAGGCUGUACGGGAUGGCAAACAGAACACUCCGGGUACACUGGACAGGUUGGGACAGUCAUUACAGAUACUCAGCAGAACUUUAUGGCACCGGUGCCAACUACACAUGUAGCCCAGCGUUGGGUUACAACUCGUGUGACAUACCCAACGUAGUGUGUGGGGAGACCUACAGUGCUGUGGUUGCACCACUCACACACCAAGGAACCAAAGUUACAUUCUGUCCCAGGAGACUUUAUUCAGUUUCCUGCGCUGGUGACUCUGUUGGAAUGGUCUAUCGUGGAAGGAGAAGUGUGGAUUAGUGGCCACUGCGUUUCUAUAGAUUAGAAAGCCAUUGCAUAAGACAGUUGAGAAGACAGUCGCUUAAAAGAAGAAAAGUGUCUUAUAUUAGAAACAUAUUUUAGUUAGCUUCAAUAUAUACUGUGUAUCAGAGACUUCAAUAAA